AUGACAACUCUACCUCUUAACGUCAAGGUUGCCAUCCGCGACCACUGGACCAAGGAAGACAGCUACCUCCAGCAAUCCCUCCGGACCCUGCAGGACGUCCUCGGCCUUGAGAUCGACACUGCUCCCGACUGGCACCUCCUUCUCACCGAGCUUGAGCCCACUUACACCGACAAGGCCGACGCCGUCGCCGCCGUCGCCGCCACCGUUGAGGCCUGGUGCCGCGCCGCCACCGAGAUCCUUGAUGACAGCAAGAACGAGGACUGGACCGAGACCCUGCUUGAGAAGCUCAAGAUCACCUGGUCGAGGUUGAGGAUCUUUGUCGACAUCUCGAGAGAAGAUGACGCCUCAACCGCAUGGUCCGAGGACCGUGGCGGCUUCGUCAUCUACAUCCCCCGGCGCCAGCGCAUCAUGCCCGUGAACCUCCAGCCGCUCUUCCAGGCUGAGCUCAAGGACUGCUUCGCCGACCAGAAGCAGCUGCCCCCCUACUCGGCCUCCCCCCACGCCGAGGACUGGGCUGAGGUCGACAUGGACGCCCGCAUCGGCCGCCUCUCCGUCAGCGCGCCCGCGGCCCACCGCCGCGGCCCUUCCGUGAGCUCCACCGCAACCCAACCCCCGGCCGACUUCAUGCCCCGCGCCGAUGCCCUUCCCCGCCCGGACGACCUCCUCCUGAAACCCCCCUACCACCUCAUGAUCUACAGCCGUGGCGCCCACGAGAUCGAGAUCCAGUGCAGCCACACCGCGACCCUCAAGUUUCUCGCCGACUACUUCAAGCGCUGGAGGAGGACGAACCACCAGGUAGCGAGCAAGGUUGGCCACCCAAAGCCUCCCGCCGUCGAGGUCAGGGUGCACCAGUGCACGUUUGGCAUGGGCGCGAGCAUCGACCGCCUCGUCCUCGCCACCGAGCACAAGUACGGCGGCGCCUUCAUCCUCACGCCCACCAUCAUCCUCAACCUUGUCGAGGGUGUGCUGGGUUACAAGCCUGUCUACUCGGACGCCACCACCUGGACGUACCGCCGCGAUAUCGAGCUGAGGACUUAA